UUUUUAAGCUGGUUGAAUUCUUUAUUUCUUAUUGGUCACAAACGGAAGCUCGAAGAAGAUGACCUGUAUAAAGUGCUACCAGAAGACAGUUCAGAGAGACUUGGAGAAGAGCUCCAGUGGUUCUGGGAGGAAGAAUUACAAAAAGCACAGAAGGAAGGCCGAGCUCCCCGUUUAACCAAAGCAAUUAUACGUUGCCACUGGAAAUCCUACUCUGUCCUAGGAUUUUUUACUUUAAUUGAGGAAAGUGUCAAAGUGAUCCAGCCAAUUUUCCUUGGAAAUGUUGUGAGUUACUUUGAAAUGGACAAUCCCAGUGAUGCCGCCCUGGCUAGUGCCUACAUAAAUGCCGCAUUCUUGUCUGUCUGUACCUUGCUUUUGGCAGUCCUUCAUCAUAUUUAUUUCUAUCAUGUUCUCCGAGCUGGCAUGAAACUCCGUGUUGCUAUGUGUCAUAUGAUCUAUAAAAAG